AGGAGGCGUGCAAGAUCCUCAACGUGAAACCCGCGAUAGAGAAGGCCGCACAAGAGGCAGAAACGAAGGAGGGAUGGAACCCCAAGGUCUACAAGGACAGGUAGCCGGGUUCGCCAUUUACCGCCAUACCUACCUUCUCGUCCCGGCAGCAUUUGAAUGCUAGGCCCAAGACGGCAGACACGGCGAACAAAAAACGAACAGAGGUACGACCCGCGGAACGACGAUAUCUCCCAGCGAAAGAGCGACGGGAAACGGUUUCCGGCGGCGUAUCCAGGGGAGCCCAGGGCAGCAAAACCUGCGGUUCCAAUGUACACAUCUUCACUCGACUUUGGGCAGGCCUGGCGUUGCGGUUGGGAUUUACGGCGGUGGACGUUUGGAGCGCAUUGGGUUAGACUGCCAUGCACCGCCCGCUAUUCACCGUUUUGUUUUCAUAGUUGUAUCAUAUACCGGUGUAAGCUGGGCGAGGGGCAGCCGAAACCCGGACGGAAGGGUGCAUCUAGACAGAUGGAGGCCGGAGUUGAGGCUGAUCUAGCGGAGAUGAUAACGAAAGACACGAUCACACUUGAAGCAACUAGGCUUCGAGCCGCCUGCCCCCGGCGUGUCGUUCAGAGCAAUGCCUUUCACAUGUACCACUAUAUCCAUACACCGUUUGCUCCAGCAGAUGACCCACAGGGAUCUAUUGGAAUAUGUUGCGUGGCGGGCGGCACCCGGGAACCGGGGACCCAGUCUCAUCCACACGGCGAUCAAACAGCCAUUCAACGCCACGGGCCACCGCGCGGACUCGCCGGCGAUCAUGCAACGAGUCUUGAGUAGAUGAUGUCGUCGGUCAAUUUGGGCUGUCGCUG